AGUACAAGUGGCUGGUUAAGAAUUCUAAUUUUAGUUGGUCUCCGAAAUUAGUCAAAACUAGUCUUUUGACUAGUUUCAACCCAAAACAAACUUGGUUUUGGUCCUUUUUUUUUUCUUUUUUUUUUUUUUUUUCAAAAGUUUACUGAUAUUUUCUUUUCCAAAAUCCACACCAAGUUGGUUUAUAACUUGGCACUCCUUGUAGAAAAGAUCCCUUCUAGUAGGAAAAAAAAAAAAAAGAAAGUAGUAUAAAUAGUUCAUGUAGCAAAGCUCGUGUAAGUAUUGGAAAGUUCUCUGCUUUUGCUAAGUAGUGAAAAAAAAAAAAUUGUGGAAAGAUGAUGAGUCUCUCAGGAAUGCCUUCAGCCUCUUCAAUAUUCCAGGCUUAUGCCUCAAUGUCUGCUUCAAUUACUAUUUUUAAGACAAUGCUGAAUCAAAUGGUUCCUCAUCAAGUCCAGCAAUAUAUUGUAUUCAAAAUACGUAGCUAUUUUCGUCCAAAUUCAUCAGACGACGUUACUUUAGUUAUCGACGAAAGAGAUGGCAUGGGCAUCAACGAAGUCUACAACGCUGCUGAAACCUAUUUGUCAACCCGAAUCAGCCCUGAAAUUCAACGUUUCAAGAUCAGCAAAAGACCUAAAGACACAAACGUGAAUGUUAAAUUCGGUAAUUGUGGGAAAAUUUCUGAUUCUUUCGAAGGGAUUGAAUUGGUAUGGAAGUUUGUUCAGGAACCUGGCAAAAACACAAUUUCCAGAUUUCGUGAUGGUGAUGGUGAUGGUGGUGGUAGUUGUGAGAAACGUUAUUUUGAGCUCAGCUUUUACAAGGAACACAAGGACAAGAUCUUGAAUUGCUACAUCCCUCUUGUAAUUAACAAAGCCAAAGACGUGUGCAAUAACAAAAAAGUUGUCAAGUUGCAUGCCCUAAACAGUAGUCAUAGUUAUAAUCCUUCAACUUGGGAUUCCGUGAACCUUGAGCACCCUUCAACUUUUGAUACAAUAGCAUUAGAACCAUCACUCAAAAAAACCAUAAUAGAGGAUCUUGAUAGGUUUUUAAAGAGGAAAGAGUUUUAUAGGAGAGUUGGAAAAGCUUGGAAAAGAGGGUACUUAUUGUAUGGACCACCAGGGACAGGGAAAUCAAGCUUGAUUGCAGCAAUUGCUAAUUAUUUAAAAUUUGAUAUUUAUGAUUUAGAGUUCUCUAAUAUAAAACGCGAUUCGGAUUUGAGAAGGUUGUUGCUGAGCACCAAGAAUAGGUCUAUACUUGUCAUUGAAGACAUUGAUUGCGGUGUAGAGUUGCCUGAUAGAACUGAAAAUGGCACAAUUUACUCUACAAAUGAUCGUUCACGAGAUUCUGAGCUUACACUUAGUGGAUUAUUGAACUUUAUAGACGGGCUAUGGUCGAGUUGUGGAGACGAAAGAGUUAUCAUAUUUACCACAAAUCACAAAGAGAGGCUUGAUCCAGCUCUGUUGCGACCUGGACGAAUGGACAUGCACAUUCACAUGUCCUACUUAACCAGUGAAAGCUUUAAGGUGUUGGCAACUAAUUAUCUGGAAAUAAGUGAUCCAAAUUAUAGGGGUUUUAAAGAAGUACAAGAGUUGAUUGAAGGUGUACAAAUCACCCCUGCAGAGGUUGCUGAGCAAUUUAUGAAAAGUGAAGAUCCUGAUGUUUGCAUUGAAGGUCUUGUUAAAUUUCUCAAGCGAAAAAGGAUCAGUAACAAUGAGGAAUCAGAGGAGACCAGGGAUGAUAAUACUACUCAUGAUGCGGCACAACUUCCUCAAAUGACCGUGGAGUGUCCUUGAGAAACUCUCUGUAGGACUUUCUUCUCCAAAGUGGAUUUUAUGUAGUACACAGUAUUUGUUUUGAAUCCAGUCACUGUCAUUUGGGCGGCCAACGUCUCUUUCAAAAUGAUGCUAUCUGUGCAAGUGCAUUGAAUCGCGUGUCUGGACGCUGAUUGCACAUAGGCUUAGUGGGGUUCUCUCUUGUUUGGAACUGCUUGCUUGCAUUUAAAUGACAAGUUUUAAGGAUCUGAUUAGUUAGGACAAUCUUUUUAUUCUUUCCACUAAUUUUGGUCGGAAGAAAGCAUUUAAUACUU